AGUUGAACUGUAGUUGUCCAGUCGUCAGCUCAGCUGCUGCGGCUCCCUUCCGCUGGAACGUCGCGUCUUCCCCAUUGCGAGUGAUAAGGGUUAUCUCGACGUGCCAUUAUCACGGCGACACACAAUCUCGGUGAUGGGCCGAUUGUGAGACGGUCAGACGACGAAUUCUAUUCGUCAGACUCCAGUUGCGUUUUACGAGAUUCGAUAUUAGUAUAAAAGCUUUUGUAACUUCAUCUAAAUCGAUUCGUGAGCUUGUGACUUGUGUAGCCACUCGCCUAUGGGCUGUGACUAACCUUUGACAGUAUAAUAAUAUAGAACUUUCUCUUCGACGGUAGCUAAUCGCCAUGCAAAAUUGGUUGGAAUUCCAAGCGGUCGUCAUGGCCGCCGGCAAAGGGUCCCGAAUACCCGAGAUGACGGCCACGAAACCAAAGUGUCUAUUGCCAGUCGGCAAUAAGCCAAUGAUAUACUAUCCUCUUAAGCUGCUUGAGAACGCCGGGUUCAGAGAUACAAAAAUAAUAGUGGCAGAUAACUAUGCUAGUGAUAUACAAGAAGAAGUAGAUCACCUUGGUUUUGAAAUGAAUUUGAGUUUUGUUCCAAUUCCAUCUGAUGAAGAUUGGGGUACAGCUGAUUCUCUUCGACAUAUCUCUGAUUAUAUCCAAACCGAUGUCAUCGUUCUUAGUUGUGAUUUAAUAACUGAUGUUGAUUUACACCAAGUCUUAAAUAUCUACAGAAAUAAUAAUGCAUCCUUAGUGUCUUUGUAUUUUUCACCAUCACAGGAUGAACAGUGUGUUUUUACUGUACCUGGCCUUAAAUCAAAAAAUAAGUUUGAAAAAGAUAUUAUUGGAUAUGAUUCAAAAACGUCUAGAUUAUUAUUAAUGGCUUCAGCUUCGGAUUAUGAAGAAACCAUGCCAAUCAGUAGUUCAUUACUAAAUAAAUGUUCAAAUCUAACCCUUUGCUCAAAAUUAUUAGAUUCUCAUAUGUAUAUUAUGAAACAUUGGCUGGUUAAAUAUCUUGUAAAAGAUGUUAAUAUUUCAACACUUAAAGGAGAGCUACUUCCAUUUGUAGUAAAAAAACAACUAUCAAAACAUUGUAAAAAAAUUGAAUCAAAUGAAAAGUGUAUUGAAGACGAAGAAGAUGAAAAACCUGAUAUAUUUAACAUAUCAAAAGAAUCUGAUAUUGAAACUAAUAUUCGUUCUAUGUCUUGUUUUGGUAAUAUAUCAAAUGUUGAAGAAAUGAUUAAAUGUUAUGCUUGUGUGAUUGAUUCAAAUAUUGGAAUACGUGCAAACACUUUGUACGACUAUUGUAGAAUCAAUAAAAUUAUUCACAAGUUAAACAUAAAUCUAGGGGAUGAAAAAGAUAAAAUUUCACCUGGUGCUGAAAUUUUAUCAAAUCAAUUUGACAAGGAGACUUGUUUUGUUGGACCUAAUACUAAAAUAAUGGAGAAAACAUCUAUUAAAAGUAGCACUAUUGGUUCAAGAUGUACAAUCAAUUCAAAAACUAGAAUAACUGAUUGUAUUUUAAUGAAUGGCGUUACCAUUGAAGAGAGAUGUGUACUUCAAAAUUGCAUAGUAUGUCAUGAUGCUGUAAUUAGUGCUGGAUGUGAACUUAAAGACUGUUUGAUAAGUGGGAAUUUUAAGGUCCCAUCUGGAGGAAAACAUUAUAAUGAAGUACUUACUGCUAUGGACAGGCUGAUGGAAUUUUGAAAAUUUAUGAAGUAUAUAAUUUGAAACCAGUUUGUGACAACACUUAAGAGUUUGGCAUCCUCUUAAUCUUUGUCUUAUGAUAUUAUUGUAUGAUAAACAUGUUUCUUUGCACAAUAUAAAUAUGUUUUGUAAACAUA